AUGAAACCAUUGUCAUUCAAAUCCACUCAUGCCUCGUUAAUCAUAAGUCUCCUUUUGGACGGUCACACAUGUGUCGUACUGAAUUCCACUUGUGUUCGUACAAUGUAUUGUCUCGGCAAACCGAUCGAUUUCGAAUGUGGUCCGCUCGGAUCGUUUCAGAAUGAUUUUAUCUGUUUCGAGACAUACGAUUGUCUGAUCGAGGUGUGCGCUUCCUCAUUCAGUGUCUCAAAAUUCGGUGCACACGGGAUUUACGAUCUGUGUGUGAUACCGACCGAAUUGGAAACUCGAUUCAGUACGAAUCUCAACGUACCUAACACAGAUGUGGUUCAGCUAAAACCAUCAUGUGUGGAACAAUUUGGAACCAAGGUGGAAUUGUUCCACGUGGAUGAGGAUACACUUCGACAUAUGUUUGCGACUAAGAGAUCGGCACUGACGAACAUCUUCAUCUGGAUCAUAGCAUCUGUCAUGAUCAGUUUGUUAGUCACUAUCUCGAUCGGGAUUUUCGUGGUCCUGUUUCGCACCCGCAUUCGUUCUUGGUGCCUAGGGUUAUUAGUUCUGCGAAAUCCGUUCUCCCGAAGACGAAUGGAUUCCGAUCAUUCCGAUACGGAACCGCAUACACGUCUUAGUAUGCCGAAUACCUCGGACGGUCGGGUCAGAUGGACCAAUGUGACCAAUGCACAGCCAGAACCGGAACCGCCUGCAUACGACCAGGUUUUGAUUGAAUGUGGACUAAAUCCGAACACUGCGUCUACCAGUCAANACCAGUCAAUAAUGUGA